AUGGAGGAGAUGAAGGAGAUGGACGAGAUGGACAAUACAGAAGAGAUGCAAUUUACAGACGCCAUCAACAUGCUGUUGGAUGAGUCCAUCCAAAUCAUAGAUAACUCAGUGCUCGACAAUGAACUCACUGAGCAGUUGCUCCUCCAGCAGCUACUCUUCACGAUGUUCAGCAAUAGCAACACAACAAAUCAGUCUACAGAGGUUGUACAGAGCAGGACCGUUGACCCAUUCGGGUUUCCAAACAUUGGACAGAGCUGUUAUAUGAACUCCAGCCUGCAGAGUAUACUGGCACUGGAGGACUUCGUGAGGGACAUCAGCCGCAUGGAACAGGUUUGGAGUUCAGUCCCUCAGGGUAAUCUGAUGAGAAGUUUGAUGAAGAUCAGGGAUGUUCACGCCUCUACAGACCCAAAGAUAAAAUCCAGCCUCCUGCAUUCAUUUAAGAAGACAAUUUCCAUCCAGGCUCCCGAGUUCAGAGACAAUCAGCAAAAAGACGCUCAUGAAUUCUUGACCGCAGUCUUUAGCCAGAUGAGGAGUCUGGGCCCUCUGCUGAAGGAGACAGCAGCACUAAAGGGCAUAAGUUACACCUGCCCUGUGGAAGACCACCUGGUAUUCAGUAUGGAUAGCACAAGGACAUGCAAGAGUUGUGGGUCCCAGUCAGCGAGCCAAGAAGAAUUCUGUAACUUGUCUCUGGACCUGAUUUCUGGAGGCUCUAUAGAACAAAUGCUUGAAGGAUAUCUGAAGGAGACAGAUUUAGAGUUCAAGUGUGAGUGCGGAGGGACGUCGUCGGGCCAGACAUUGUCCUUCGCGACCCUGCCUAGAGUGCUCAUAUUACACCUGAAGCGUUUUUGCUUCACUCCCUCCCACACCCUGGAGAAGAUCCAAGACCCCGUCCAACUACUGAGUCAUCUGAAAGUGUCCUGCAAACAGGAUGUUGGCUUUUACAGUCUGGUCAGCGUCAUCAACCACUUUGGCGUCUCAAGAACAGGACACUACAUCUGUGAUGGCAUUUGCCCCGACAGUCCAGAUGAUGAGCACAACCGCUGGCUCACCUUCAACGACUCAAUGGUCCACAAGACAACCAGCACAUCUGUUUGUGAGCAGCGGCGGGAGUCAGCAUACAUCCUAUUUUACAAACAAGAGAGCAGGACGCGGAGGGGGGCGCGUCUGAAGGUCCAGAACCGAAGACCUGAGGGCCACGGAGACAUUUCCACCCUGCAGGAUAAGACCAGUGAACACAGUGGGGGUGUGGCAAAGAGGGAAGAGAUCGAUUGA